AUGGCAGACAGCGCGCAGACUCAGGCACACCAAAUAGGGGCUAGAAGCGACCCCAAAGAAGGCAGCGGCAGCCACACGAAAUUCUGCUCUCCCACAUCCUCGUUUCAGCACCCUUCGCAAGACCCAGCAGGCACGGAGACCAGGGACUCGACGACGAUGGAAGCGCUGCCCGGUCGCCUCAAUGAAGCAGUCCGUCUCUCCGACACUGCAGCUACUCGAGAUUCAGCGGGAGUGGUGUACAACUCAUGCUCAGCAGCGCAGAAAACUGAAGGUUCCGAGAACGCCCACGCAAAUGGCGUAUUGCAUGAACAACAGCAGACAAAACACGAUGACGCCGUUGCUCUCGGCCCCUCGAAGAGGACGACAGCAUGUCCGACCGGUUAUGUACCCACGCCUGGUCCAAAAGAGCAACCAAACACGAAUAUGAACGACGUGGCGAAGGUGGACCAUGUGGAGGAAGCACAGCGUCACGAACAAACACACUUCAUGGCUGUUCCCCUUGACACAAUUCCCCCUAGUGCAGACAUCCCAGAGUAUGACAUGCACCUACUGAACCUGGCGAGACACGCUGACCCCUUCAGGAUGCUAGGCUGCCAUAAAGUGGAGUGCGCAGACACAGACAAAAGGGUCGUCGUUGUCCGUGUGUGGCUGAAGAACGCAUUUGAGAUAUACACAACAGACCCUUCAGCUUCCUCUAGAGGCCCCGCAGUGAAGAACUCCGACCCAUACGUGCCCCUAGACUACGAGCUUUUGGUGCGAGGAGAGGCAGAAGAAUCCCCACGUGUGAUUUAUGACACGUACUCCUUCGGCAUGACCGUCCCCCAGUACAACUUGGAGCUUUUUCAGUCUGGCUCCUGCUGGCAUGUAGACAACCUUAUGGGGUCGCACAUCAUUACAGUUGACGGCGUCGUUGGUGUUCGCUUUGCUGUGUGGGCUCCGAACUGCAUUUGCGUCUCCGUAGUGGGGGACUGGAACGGCUGGGACGGUCGUGCCCACCCUAUGCGCAAACGGGUAGAAUUUGGUUGUUGGGACUUGUUCAUUCCAGGACUAGGCCCAGGGGAAAAAUACGGUUACAGGAUCCAUGCGAGAAACGGGACGGACUUCAUCAAGAUAGACCCCUAUGCUCAAGAAUUUGAAGUGCCUCCCAAAACCGCCAGCAUCAUCAGCGCCUGCGAUGACGCUUUCAAAAAUGCUGAGGCGCGCUACCAGUGGCAUGACCAGGAGUGGAUGGCAAGGCGCAAGAAGCUUGGAGAAACCGAUAUGCUCCAUAGGGAACCCAUGGCCAUCUACGAAGUGCACCUUCCAAGCUGGAUGAGGGGACAAGACGGUCGUUACCUAAGCUACCGAGAACUGGCCGACAGGCUGGUUCCCCACGUAAAGAAUAUGAAUUUUACUCACGUGGAGUUCCUGCCACUGGCUCAUCACCCUUUCGAAGGUUCCUGGGGAUACCAAGUAACAGGUCUCUACGCGCCAUACAGCCGCUUGGGGACUCCAGAUGAUUUCAAGUAUUUGGUGGACACCUUGCACCAGGCCAAUAUUGGAGUAUUCAUCGACUUUGUGCCGGCACACUUUUGUAAGGACUCAUGGGGCCUCGUUUACUACGACGGAGAGCCGUGCUACGAGUACGCAGACCCUAGAGAAGGGGAGCACAAACUUUGGGGGACCGCCGUGUUCAAUUACCGCCGCAACGAGGUGCGGUCGUUCUUGUUAGGCGCCGCUUACCACUGGCUGAGGCGCUACCAUAUAGACGGCUUGCGCAUCGACGCGGUCUCCUCCAUGCUUUACAAAAAUCACCAGAAAGAAGAUGGAGACUGGCUUCCAAACGAACACGGAGGGGACGCGAACUUGCAAGCCAUUUCCCUGCUUCAAGAAUUAAACUGGGUAGUGCAUAAAGAAUUUCCCGGAGUUUUUACUAUGGCGGAAGAGAGUACCAGCUGGAGAGGGGUUACAGACAAAAAGGACGGUCUCGGUUUCGAUGCCAAGUGGGAUUUGGGGUGGAUGAAUGACACGCUUUCCUACUUGUGCUGCCCCGUUGAAAAUCGACGGAAAUGCCACAACAAGCUCACAUUCAGGGGCCUCUACAUGGCACACGAGAGGUGGAUUCUGCCACUGUCUCAUGAUGAGGUGGUGAGUGGAAAGGGGAGUCUAUUAGACAAGUGCGGGUACCUAGGAACCCCUUUUGAGGACCGCAUACGAACUCUCAAAACACUCUACGGCUUCCAGAUAGGAAUGCCAGGCAGGCCUCUCAUCUUCAUGGGAGGGGAGAUUGGCCAAGGGAGAGAGUGGAAGGACAACAGGUCUGUUGACUGGCACGAAGGCGAUGAAGAACUGCGGAAAAAGCUUUGUAUUUGGGUAUCAGACCUUCUGGGUCUCUACAGAACUCAACCGGCGCUGCAUGCAGGAGAUGAUGAGACCUGGAACUUUAAGUGGACGGAUUGCGACAACAACAACGAUUGCAUUGUGGCGUUCCUCCGCUCGUACGAAUUCUGGUUCAAUGAUAUUUUAGUGGUUUGCAAUUUUUCUCCUCAGGCGUACUACAGAUAUCCCGUUGGAGUUCCUCAUGGCGGAGAGUGGCAGCUGCUGUUGAAUUCAGAUGAUUGGAAAUAUGCAGGUGGCAUGUGUGGGAUGGGCAAUGGCUCCUAUGUUCACACAACUCAGGGUGGCAGGUUGGGCUGGCCAUAUUGCUUGUGGUUAGAUGUCCCCGCAAACGGAUGCCUGUAUUUAAAAGCCCCGCAGCCUCCUGAUGCGGAGAAGCAGAGGAUCAUUCAGGAGGCACGACGGCCUCGCGAGUCGACGGAGCAAGGGGGAGAAACAAAAGCCAGCCCCGACCCGAAAGAGCAUCCAUAG